GUUUGCGUGUUUCACUACGUUGGCUUUUCUCCCAGAAAGGUUUCGGUGUGGGAAUUUCAAUUGUACAUUUGUGAGACUGUCGGAAGCUAUUUGACUGGAGACCGCAUCGCUAAAGUUGUGUUGAGUGCGUCUAGACUGAAUCAGUGUGAUUGUGCGUAAUGACGACAGAGGUGGGACCAGAGACAGAUGUGAAGAAGGAACCAGAGAAGGUUCCAGAAGCUCUGCAGCAGACGGACACUCCACAAACGGACCAGCUUGACAAACCUACUGACAGUGACACCCAACCCGCCCCAGCCAGCGCAGAGGAGGAGGGGAGCCAGAGCAUAGAGCCCAAGACUGAACAGGAAGAAGCAGUAUCACCCGAAGCCAGAAGCUCUCCUGCCAACGGGCAGAAGAAAGAGAAGGGUAUUUCUCGUUUUCUGCCUCCAUGGCUUAAACGACAGAAAUCACAGAGCCAAGACAAACUGAGCGAGAGCAGCACACCGAAGCAGGAGAGCGUGGCGAUCGUGAAGGAGGAAGAGGAGAAGAAAGAGGUAAAAGACGAGGCAGGUGGAGGUGACGCGGCAUCUCCAAGCACAGAGCUGACAGAGGAACUGAAGGAGGUGAAAGAUCAGAGCAGGCCAGAGGAGGUGCAGGUGGAGGAGAAAGUUAAGUUGAAGGAGAAGUCUGUCGGCAGUGCUGAUACACAGCCUGCGAGGGAGGAGAAAGUGGGGGAAACAGAGGAGAAGACAGACAAAGAGAACACUGAGAAAGUGGAGGAGAAGAACGUGGAGGAGCAGGUGACCCCUCAGGAGACGAGCGUUCUUUCUCCACUCAAACUGACCAAAAAGAUGAAGAUGGUGGUGUGUGACGUGACCUUACUGGAUGGCAGCCAGUUCUCCUGCGAGGUGGAGAAACGGGCGAAAGGCCAGUACCUGUUCUUUGAAGUGUGCAAUCACCUGAAUCUCUUGGAGAAAGAUUACUUCGGCCUGAGCUUUAAAGACAACGCCGACCAGAGGUGCUGGCUGGACCCUACCAAGGAAAUCAAAAGGCAGAUCCGCAACUCUCAGUGGCAGUUUGCGUUCAGUGUGAAAUUUUACCCUCCUGAUCCAUCCCAACUGACUGAGGACAUAACACGGUUUCUGUUGUGCCUUCAGCUGCGACAGGAUAUUGCAUCAGGAAGGUUGCCCUGUUCGUUUGUCACUCAUGCACUGCUCGGCUCAUAUGCCCUGCAGGCUGAGCUCGGUGACUAUGACCCGGAAGAACAUCGUCUGGACUACAUCUCUGACUUCCAGUUUGCUUCAAACCAGACCAAGGACUUGGAGGAGAAGGUGGUGGAGCUGCACAAGUCCCACAGGGGUCUGAAUCCGGCCCAAGCAGACGCCCAGUUUUUGGAAAAUGCGAAGAAGCUCUCCAUGUACGGCGUAGACCUGCAUCACGCCAAGGACUCUGAGGGAGUUGAUAUCAUGUUGGGGGUGUGUGCAAGUGGUUUGUUAAUCUAUAAGGAUCGUCUUCGAAUAAACCGCUUCGCCUGGCCCAAAAUCCUCAAGAUUUCCUACAAACGCAACAACUUCUACAUCAAGAUCAGGCCGGGAGAGGCUGAGCAGUUUGAGAGUACAGUUGGUUUCAAGUUGCCCAAUCAUCGUGCAGCCAAAAGGGUUUGGAAAGUGUGUGUGGAACACCACACCUUCUUCAGGUUGAUGACCCCUGAACAGCCCAUCAAGACCAAGUUCCUGACUCUGGGUUCCAAGUUCCGUUACAGCGGGAGAACACAGGCGCAGACGCGACAGGCCAGCACCCUUAUCGACCGCCCCCCGCCUUACUUUCAACGCACCUCCAGUAAACGCAUCUCGCGCAGUCUUGAUGGAGCUCCUAUGGUGAAUGUGAGCGAUCAGAGUCACGCUCUGGACUCCGCUCUGACUGCAGGUUCUGGAGACAUCGGUCUGGCCCUGGAGCUCAACUCCGAUACCAAGAGUCCACAGGUAGAUGACAUGGAGAAGCCCAGCGUGGACACCGCCCUAUCCACCACCUCUGAAUUGGCCCUUGAGACUGACAAAGACUGGGCUGGCUCUUCUGAGACGAAGGACUUGGAUAAGACCCAGGAGGAUGUGUUGAAACAUCAGGCUAGCAUUAGCGAGCUAAAGCGCAGUUUUAUGGAGACUACGCCUGAGGCCAGACCCAGUCAGUGGGACAAACGGCUGACAGGCAGUCCUGCCACAACGCUGCGCCUGCAGGGUCAUGGGAGUUUGGAAGAGGAGCUAACCUCUCUUUUUCUGAGUAAGGCCUGUUUCUCUGGUCUGGCUGGCUCAUGCAGGACCACUGCUGCUCCAGCAGAGGGCAGUAAAGCCUCAGCACACUUUGAGGUUCCACAGAAAACCCUUCCCCAUCCCGAGACCGACUGCAGAGACGCCAGCCAGAGCGCAGAGGGCAAACAGAGUCCUGAUGUUAACGGCCAACCAGAAGUCAUAGAGGUGGUGGAAGAGACCGUCGUCAUCGAGGAAGUCGUCAAAGCCAAUCCCAAAAGCCCCCCUGUUCCUGAGGCAUCCGUCACCAUGGAAACAGAGAAGGCUCCGGAGGUCAAAGAGGAGAGGAGUUUAUCGUCAGACAGCGAGAGCGAAGAAGAGGCCGAGUACCACGCUGAGCCGCCCAGUAUGAGCAUCUCGGCACAGCAUAUCAAAGAAGAACCUGAGGAGGAGCAGGAGGAAGGGCUUAACCAACAAGCCCCACCCUCUGGGAUCAAGUCACAGCCAACCACAGAAGCAGAGCCAGCUGAGCCCGCCCCCGCUAAUGAAGAAGUGAAAUCAGCCACACUCCCUGAAGAGGAAGGUUUGACAGACGAGGUUUUGGUGAUGCCGGUCGAAGCUCCAAACGGACACGCUCUCAACAGUGAAGUCCUGCCCACUCUCAGCACUGUUGCCGAGGAGGAGGAGGAGCCUCACAUCGUCAAUGGCAACGUGUCCCACAUGGAAACGGAGCGCCUGCCACAGGUUAUUUGUUGUUCGGAGCCUCCUGUUGUGAAGACCGAGAUGGUGACGAUUUCAGACACUUUUGCCGCUCAGAAGACAGAGAUAUCCACCAAAGAGGUCCCCAUUGUUCACACGGAAACAAAGACCAUCACGUACGAGGCCGCCCAGUUGGAUGGUAAUGGGGAUGGAGAGCCAGGUGUUCUCAUGACCGCUCAAACCAUCACCUCUGAAUCACUCUGCACCACCACUACCACACACAUCACGAAGACUCUAAAGGGCGGACUGUCAGAAACUCGCAUUGAGAAGCGCAUCGUCAUCACGGGAGACUCUGACAUUGAUCACGAUCAGGCAUUGGCCCAGGCUAUAAAGGAGGCCAAAGAGCAGCACCCUGACAUGUCCGUCACUCGCGUGGUCGUCCACAAAGAGACCGAGUUAGCAGAAGACGACGACUGAAGGACAGAGCUGAAAUUCACAACGUUCCACCAUAUGGGAUCAAAGUUCAUCCGCUGAAUGAGUGAAGGAGUGAUGUGGCGGACGAGAGAAAGUAGAGCUCUGAAUCCUGUAUCGAAACAUCUUUAUUUUCUGUCAUUCACAACCAGAACCACUUAGCUAACGUUGGUAGCAUCUUGUUUUCUAGUGUUGGUUUUAUCUUUUUCCCUCAAAAGAUUGUCUUUGCCAUUUAUGAAGACCAGAUCAGAUUUCUGUUGUUUUUAUUGUUAAUUAGUCAUUCACAUUCCUAGUACAUGCAAAGGGAUAAAAGACUUUGAGAUGAAUCUUAAUUGGUUGCAUCAAGAUAUGGUGGAGUUUUUGUAAUAAUAUGUAAUAAUAAUACUUUUUUUUUAUGAGGGGAUGGGGCGAGGAUGGGGGCAGGACUAAAGAUUCAUUUUUAUGAUGUCGUUGUGUUUGUAUGGGACCAGCACAGGAUAAAUGGCACUGUGUCAUUUCUCAUUGGUGGACGACAGUGCCAAUCAUUCCUCUAUGCAGUCAAACAGAAACAUUCCACCAAGGAGAGGAACUUCUUUCUAGCUCUCUGAGAAACAAGACGAAACCUUAAUAUGGAGGGGGGAAAAUAGAAGAAGAAAAAUGUGAAACCUAGGCAGCUUUUUUGGAAAGUUUUUGAUUUCCAACACUUUUCUGGCACCAAUAAUCUGAAAUAUAUUGGUCGAAAACCUGAUAUUAUUUUGUUAUUUUAAAUCUGUCCUUUUCUGUAAACUGAUAUUUGUAAAUGAGGCCAAUCUGUUUGCCCUAUUAAACAUUUUUAAUCUGUUACAUUCAGAUGUUUUUAAUGAAAUGAACAAAUGAUAAAUGUCUGCCACUGUUUUUAGCUGUAGAUUCAGGCCUGUGUUUCCCCUCUCUGUAGUCUCUGCUCCCUCUAAUCCCAUCUUCUCCAUACACCCUGUGUAUAGCGGUUAAUAUUAGUAUUGUUUUCUUUUUUUAGAAGCUUUGGAUGAUGUUUUUAUGCCCCACCCAACCCAUUGUGUAACACUUCAAAUAAAAGUUUGUUUAUUCUCUAAUAAUUAUGCAC